AUGACGUUCCCCGACGAGUGGGGCGCCGACGGCGGCGACGGCGGCCCGACCGAGUCGAAGCUCGUCCCGCUCUCGAUGCAGAGCAACGAGGCGCUCCUCAUCAAGACGCUGCUGGCGCGGAGCUGCCCGAGCGCAAGGCUGAGCCGCGUGCAGCGCGUGCAGAACAAGAUGCUGUGGCGCGAGUAUGCCGACUACCGCGACAAAUCACUCGUCCACAUCUGCGCCGGCGGCGACGUCAACGAGAUGCUCCUCUUCCACGGCACGGCGGAGCGGGCGGCGACGGAUGUGCUCGCGCAUCAGAACGGGCUCGACCCGCGCUUCUCGAACGGCGGCUUUUACGGCCAGGGCAUCUACCUGGCGGAGGACCCGUCCUACCCGAUCGGCGGCCGGUACGCGCACCGCAUCUCCGGCUCGGGCGGGAGCCGCGUGCAGCUGCUCAUCGUGAAGGCCGCCCUCGGCUCGCAGCAGGAGAUGGGGCAGCGCAUCAGCGCGGAGACGAGGGCGAUGCGGAUGCCGGACGUGCGCGUCGAGGGCCCUCCCCGACUCCUCUACAACAGCGUGCGCGGCGGGCCGCACCGCCCCUUCGUCUCCGGCGGAGGCGAGAACGGGUGCGACGCCUCCAUCGUCCACGUGGUGUACGAGUCGCGCCAGAUGUACCCGGCGUACGUGAUCGAGGUCGAGAUGGAGAUGGGGGCCGAGGUGGUGGCGGCCGUGCGGGCGAUGGGCGUGGCGGCGGUGGCAGCGGCGCUGCGGGCGCACGGGUCGGUCAGUCGCGUCGCGCUUGCGGCUUGCGGGCGGUUGGGCCGUCUGUGCGCUGAGGUGCGGAACAAGCAAGCUGCGGCGGACGCAGGCGCGAUCGAGGCGAUCGUGGCGGCGAUGCAGGCGCACCCGCAGGUGGCGGACGUGCAGCAGAAUGGCUGCUGCGCGAUGGCGAACGUGUGCUGCGGCACCGACGCCGCAGGGCUUGCACGCAAGCAGCGCGCAGCAGACGCAGGCGCGUUCGAGGCGAUCGUGGCGGCGCUGCAGGCUCACCCGCAGGAUGCGGGCGUGCAACAGCAAGGCUGUUUGGCGUUGGGCAACGUGUGCUCCGGCACCGACGCCGCAGGGCUCGCACGCAACCAGCGCGCAGCAGACGCGGGCGCGAUCGAGGUGGUUGUGGCGGCGCUGCAGGUUCACCCGCAGGUGGCGGUUGUGCAGCAGAAUGGCUGCGGGGCGAUGGCCAACGUGUGUCUCGGCAGCGACGCCGCAGCGAUUGCACGCAAGCAGCGCGCAGCAGACGCGGGCGCGAUCGAGGCGAUCGUGGUGGCGCUGCAGGCUCACCCGCAGGUGGCGGUUGUGCAGCAGAAUGGCUGCCAGGCGAUGGCCAACGUGUGCUCUGGCAGCGACGCUGCAGCGCUCGCACGCAUCCAGCGCGCAGCAGACGCGGGCGGCAUCGAGGUGGCUGUGGCGGCGCUGCAGGCUCACCCGCAGGUGGCGGUUGUGCAGCAGUCUGGCUGCAGGGCGAUGUUCAACGUGUGCUUCGGCAGCGACGCAGCAGCGCGGGCGCGGAGGCAGCGAGCUGUGACUGUGGGCGCGACCGAGGCGGUGGCAGGGGCUAUGCAGGCGCACCCGGGAGACGCAGCUGUUCAGAGGCGAGGGCAGCGUUUGCGUGAUCUUCUUGCCUGA